AUGGUGCAGCCGGAUGUGACCACUCUUGGAACUCAAGACCUUCCCGUCGAGAUCUUCAAUCGCAUCGUCUCCCUCUUACGAGACAUCAAAUCACCUGGUGUCGAUCACCGUGAUAGUCUAGGCUGGUUGAAUGUCACGCAUGUUUCUCGCAUCUGGCGAGCCACUACAUUAGCCAAUCCCUCGCUGUGGACCCGGAUCCCAAUGGGCAUAGGCAUGAACUGGUCGCGCCUGUUCUUCGAACGCAGCCAUCCACUAUCAGUCGAUGUUGACGUUGUCCAAGUCACAUCCGCAAACCCUUGGGAGGAUCUCCUGUCUCUCAACUUCCACCGCAUCCGAAGCUAUAAGCUGAUAUCCAACAUUCAGAACGAGUCAGAAGAUCCAACCUACGGCCUUCUUCAACAACCUUCUGAGGCUCUCGAAACGCUCGCGCUUUCUGGAUUCUGGAGGGCGCUCGAAUCUCCGCGCCUAGAAUCCCAUCAAUAUCCUCGUCUCCGCACACUACACGCGUCUCUCUUCGCAAUGCCUUUGGAUACCUUUCCGUGGCGUGGAAUAGGCAAUCCCGGCCUCACAGAGCUGAAGAUUAGUCUUGGCCCUGCCAUAGGAGAUAGCGAUCCCCUCGACGAAAUCGUUCAGACUUUGGCGCGACUUCCCUCCCUCAUCACACUUGCGUUGACGGUCUAUCCUGAUCACGAUCGUAUCGAGGGAGGUUCGCAAGUCGAUCACGGUGUCAAACACACAGCCCACCUUGCGAAACUCGCUGAUCUUAGUUUGAAAACCGAAGGGAACUUCUUUCUCCAUUUCCUAGACCGCGUAUCGUUUUCAACCUCUGUCGAGACAUCACUCCUCGUGCACAAGGCUGCCAGAGCCAUCGAUCCAUCAUUGAUAUCAUCCAUUCUGAUUCCCUGGAUCUCCCAGCGGACUGGAGCGACGCCGACAAGACAUUUGAGUUUCACAGAAACGCGAAAUCGCUAUGUCCAGAUGACCGCGACAGCUUCACUAGGAGCUGGGAGCAGGGCAUUCCUGCUCUUACCUAUCAAGUCAUCAAUCGCAGAUGCCUUCGACGAGGUUUUACAAAGCCUUGGGCCCAGCGGGAUCAAGGCCAUUGACAUUGAGCCUAUCCUCGAGCUUACUAGGGGCGAUACACUCACUCGUCUGGCGUCGGCGUGUCACGAGUGUACCUCCAUCAGGCUAUUACCGAUUGGUGAUGAGUCAUACUACACGCGUGCUGGAGAGGUGAUUGAUACAGUGCGCCAGCUCCUGACCGCUGUCACCCCCAUCGAGCGACCCCCUUUCCCCAACCUCGUCUCCUUGGAUCUGACGGCCAUCGACAAGACUCUCAUCUCCGCACUGUAUGCGAAUUAUCUUCCGACCAAUUCAUACCCAGCGAUGCCUCCAACACUCGCGCAAGGCCUCCUUGACGUCGUGGAAGCGAGAGGAGAUGGUGGCGGCGUUAUGCCGCAAAUAUAUCUGCCAUGGUGGACGGCUCCAUUUCCCGCGCAAUUUGAUCAAGUGAUGAACGCCCUCCGCUCUAUGCCCGGUUUGCGGUUUGUGCCAGAGGGCUCAAAGGCGUAA